AGCCAUACCACAUCCAUCAGUCCUCUUGCUCCCUUCCAUCCAUUUUUUUAUAAAUAGUUUGACUCCUGCAGUGCUGUGUCGAAACUCUGCUUCAUCAAACGAGAAAACAGUCUAUUUCGACCCAGCAGCAGCAACAGCCAAGCCAAACAAUCUAUCAUCAUGUCACUCACCCCACCACCACCCCCACCCCCUCCUCAUCGGCCAUCUGGACUAGCCCCCUCUGGCUGCAAGACACCCAGGCUGAACACUGCCACCCGGAGACUGUCGACGGCGAGCAGCAGCAGUACUAGCAACCUCUCCCCAUCAGCCCCCUCACCCAACCAACUUCGCCAGAUCCUCGCCGACAUCACCAAGCAAGUCAACAACUCACCCCAGUCUCGUCUAUCAACAACAACACCAUCAACCUCCUCCUCCAACGCCCCUCGACCAAGCCCGAUCAGAUCCCAUCAUCCGGCCAUCAACGGUUUCAUGCGUCCCUCGCUGCGUGAAACCGGCCCAGUCACCCGCUCUCGAUCCAUGCUUCAUCUCAUCACCCCACGCUCAUCACUCACCCCUCGUGCCACUCGGGCUAAUACCCCGGUCAGGGACGAGAACCACUCCCCACUCCAUCCCCCAACUCCUAGGACCCCAUUCACCACUACCAACAACAACUCACCCUCCUCCUCAUCACGCUCUCAUCUCAGAUCACCCCCUUCGAACGAGAACCAAGCAAGUGGUAGUAGCAGCAGCAGCAGCAGCCAUGGCAACAGGACCCCAGGCCAUCCGAUUGCACCACUCCGAUACCGCACCCUCUCCUCGGUCUCCUCAUCACUCACCAACCCAACGAGCAGUCCGAGCGGCAGAAGUGUGACCUCCGAGAACCGCAGCCGAGCCGGCGGCCCACCGACCCCAUCCCAUCCCUCCUUGAGACUCCGCCCACACUCCUCAAACCCGCCCUCCUCCGCAGCCUCUACUCCCCCUCUGACGCCCGCCUCCUCGCUCACCAGCAGCACGGCCACCUCGGACUCCUCUUCCAACGAGCUCGCCUCCCAUGCCGGCCUCUCGACCCCCCGUGAACGAAGGAGCCUCGACCAGGUCGACUCGCCCUCCGCUUCCUUCGAUCAGAAACCUUCCCCCGCCGGCAGCAUCGCUAAACGUCGGCGCAGAAACCCCAGCGGCCUCGGAAGACUCUGAUCUUUCUUCCCCCCCCCUUCUUUCUUGCUUGGACAUCUGUCUCUUCAAUUGCUUCCUUUCCACCUCCUUCUCCGAAACAUCUUUACUCAUCUUGGGCUACCCUUGCCAAUCUCCUACCCCAUAUUUUCAUUCAGAUCAAUUUCAAUUUCAUUUUCCUUUUUUCUUUUUGGUUAGAGAAGUUCAUUUUUAUUCCAGAUAAUCUCGCUUUUUGCUCAUAGGUUCCAAGUUUAGUUUCUCAUCAAUCUCAGUCUUAGUUUACGUACAUAGUUAAUGAUUUUGGUUCUUCUUUUUUGUAAGCGUGUUCCGCUCUGAUGGCGACCCUCCUCACUCCUCUUU